GUUCACUUUAUGCACUACCACCUUAUUCUGUUUUCUUCUUGUAAUUGCUUGCUAGCUUUUCAUUGCAUUUGCUCUUUAAUUUGUCCUACAAUGGCUCUUAAAUCCUUUCUGUUCUUUUUUGCAACUUUACUUCUUAUCCAAACUCUGGCUGAGGCUGCAACAUGCAGCGACUGUUUUGUCCAAUCACGAGCAGCUUACUACCCAAAUUCCGAUGACAAUGGAACAGAUGUUGGUGCUUGCGGGUAUGGUUCAUUCGGAGCAACAAUUAAUGGUGGAGAUGUAUCAGCUGCAUCUGAUCUCUACCGCAAUGGUGUUGGCUGUGGUGCUUGCUAUCAGGUGAGGUGCAAGGACAGUUACUAUUGCUCAGACAAAGGAGUAACCAUAGUUAUCACUGAUUCAGGCUCGAGUGACCGUACGGACUUCAUUCUAAGCAGGAGAGCCUUUGGUCGGAUGGCUCAAACUUCUGAUGCAGCAGCAUCUAUAUUAAGACUUGGUGUUGUUGAUAUUGAAUAUAGACGUGUUUCUUGCAGCUACCCGGGGAAGAAUAUAACUGUUAAGAUCGAUGAGAACAGCAGCUACCCUCAUUAUUUAGCUUUCUCGUUAUGGUAUCAACAAGGCAAAACGGAUAUCACUGCUGUGCAGCUAUGUGAGACUCAAAACUUUGUUUGCAAGCUCUUGGAUAGGAGUUAUGGAGCAGUUUGGACAACAACCUCACCACCGAGUGGUCCCCUGUCUCUGAGGAUGCUGUUUAGCGCCGAUGACGGAGAUGAGUCGUGGGUAGUUCCUGUAAACAAUAUACCCCAAGACUGGAAAGCUGGACAAACAUAUGACACAGGCGUCCAAGUCAAUAACUAAGCGCCAAAAUUCAUACAUAUUUUUUCCUUCAAGAAGCUAUAUAAAAUAAAUCUCUGAUACUUAUUGAUUUUCAUUCAUUUAACUAGAUAAAGUCGUGAAUGUAAUGAUUGUAUUGUUGACUAAUAAAUUCCAGUUUUCUUAUAAAUACGUACUGGCAGUCA